AUGAAGUUUAUGAUUGUGUUAUUUUUCCUGAUUGCCGGAAUUUCUGCGAGAAAUUUACCUGGACCUACAGUUACAAAUCAUCAACCUGUCGAAUUGAUAGGGCGAGCAUUUGUUGUGAUCGAUGUCGCCAAGGACGAUUUCCUGGUAAACAUUGGUGAUAAUUGUCUAUACAGGCGCAUUAAUAAAAAGCGAAUGAGAGACUUAUUAAAUUUGGAGAUGCUUAACAAUCAAACUAUACAACAAAAUAAAACUAUUGUAAAUAAUUUCAAUAUUACUAAUAAUGGAAGUUUAAAUGAGAAUCAAACCGACACAAACGUAAACAUGGCUACUACUGCGAAAGCGCGCAAGAAUUGGAGUCGCGAAGAGAUUUAUGAAAUGGCAUUAAAAUCAAAUUUGCAACUAUGGUCGACAGGGGGUUUACAAGUUGAGGUUAUGACACGAAGAUUCAGAAAGCGUCCAGAAUUUUUUAGCUUUUGUAUGGAUACGGAGAUCUACAAAGUCAAAAAACUAAUGAUGAUAUUAAUUUGCUUUAGUGCUUGUUUCCUUGCGGAAAAAUUUCUAUGCUAUAAUUCUUUGGCUAUACGUCCUGCGCAUAUUAGUAUCGGUCGUGACGCUUUAAAUAAUGCUGUGAAACAAUGUGAUCUUGAUUUUGCAUGGUAA